AUGAGGGGAUCUCGAACUGAGCCUGUGGAUGUCAGUUCUGAUGGAAGCGCUGACAGUGGCUCUGACGAAAACUCGGACAGCAGCUCAGAUGGAUCUGGUUAUAGCUCCUCUUAUGAAGGAGCGUCCAUGAGCUCCGAUGGAGUGGUGUACAUUAGCUCUGAUGAAGGCGAGUACAGCAGUCCAGAUGAGGGUGCCUACACCAGCUAUGAUGAAGACAUGAGCAGCAGCUCUGAUGAAGGCGCUCACACCAUCCAUGCUAAAGGUGUGCAUAGGCGCAUGAAGGAGAAGAAGCCUUGGAAGGCAUGCAUGAACAUCUGUGAUUGCCCUAAAGAGUACACAGUUGGUUAUAAUCCAAUUACUAAUGCUAGAUGCAUGUAUUCAAAGAGAUUUAAGAUGUCAAUGUGUGCUUGGAAGCGUCUCAACCAUUAUGUUGAAUCAGUUGAGCCUGCUAUCGGCCACUAUGUUUGUGAGCUGAAUAAGACUUUUGCCAAGCUUGGGCAGAGAAUGUACUUUUCUGUUGUGUUUACGAAGAAGCAUCUAGCGGAUUUCAUCGCUACUCCUGUUGAUGGGGUAAAGAUUCAGCUAUCAUCUGGACGUUGUGUAAGGCGUGUUCGCCUUAUUAAUGGUGUGGACAACAGGGCUACCAUAACACGGAACUGGGGUAACUUUGCAGAGAAAGCAAAGCUGACAAAAGGGGAUAUCUGUGUUUUCUCCCUUCGAGUUCGCAAGGGGAAACCAGAAUUCACCGUUCACAAGAUCUAAAAGGUGGCUACAACGCAGCGUUUAAGGAGGAGUAUGUUAAGGUGUUCUAUAAGGGUAUGUUUAGCUGUUGAUGGGUUGUAGCUAGGUGUGUUCGGUUGCACAGGCAAUAUGCCUUUCUUUUGCUAGCAAUGUCUUUGUCAUGAUGGUUAUGUAAUGCAAUUAUGAUCGAAACCAUGAACUAUGUUUGAGCUAUGGGCUCUUAGCUAGGUAAGUUUAGUUGUUGCAUGGACUCUAGCUAGGUGUGUUGGGUUGCGCAGGCAGUAUGUGUUUCUUUUGUUAGCAAUCUCUCCGUUGUGAUGGUUAUGUAAUGCAAUGAUGAUUGAAAAUAUGAACUAUGUGUGAGCUAUGGGCUCUUUGUUAAGG